GCCGGCACCGCCUGCAGGGAGCCGGCCGCCCCGCCCCGCCGCUGACGGCGGCCGGCAGGGGACAAGCUGCCGGCGCCCGCCCGCUGGGCAGCCGUUUAUCGGUUCUCCGUCCCGCCGCCGUCCGCCCGGCCAUGGAGCUGUGGCAGGUGCCGGUGCUCUUCUCGCGGCUGCCCAUGUUCCCCUUCUUCGACCUGGCGCACUAUGUGGCCUCCGUCAUGGCGCUGAAGGAGCAGCGGGGAGCUGUGGAAGUGUCAGUCCGAAGUCCAAUUGCCUGCUGGUUUAGUGCUAUGCUUUAUUGCUUUGGUGGUUCAGUUUUGUCUUCGUUGAUGCUUGCAGAACCACCCAUAGCAUUUCUGGCAAAGGGCACAAAUAUUCUACUGGCAUCUUCAGUCUGGUAUCUUGUGUUUUACUGCCCACAAGACAUAUUCUACCGGUGCUUUGCCUUUCUGCCUCUUCGGCUUCUGGUCGCAGGAAUGAAAGAAGUGACUCGGACUUGGAAGAUAACGGCUGGCGUUGCACAUGCAGACAGUCACUUCAAAGAUGCCUGGCUUGUCAUGGUAGCUGUGGGCUGGGCCAGAGGAGCUGGUGGUGGCCUAAUUUCCAACUUUGAGCAGCUGGUGAGAGGAGUGUGGAAACCUGAAACCAAUGAACUAUUGAAGAUGUCCUACCCUGUGAAGGUAACUUUGAUAGGAGCAGUUCUUUUCACCCUGCAACACAGCCAAUACUUGCCAAUAGCAAGACACAACCUUGUGUUUUUAUACACCAUCUUUCUUGUGGUCUCCAAGGUAACAAUGAUGUUAACAAGAUCCGCAGCUUCUCCAUUUGCUCCUAUUGAGGCUGCAUUAGGCCACAUGUUCUUUGGCUUGCAAAAGACACCAUCCAAAGUGAAGGGUGAAGGUACCACCUCUUCCAAUGGCUCUUCAGUCUGUGACCGGUCUUCUGAACAGCACCGUGAUAGUGUUAAGAAAAGACAGGCAAAGAAAACAGAAUAAGUGACUUAAAAUCCUUGAUGGUCGUAACUGUUUAAGAUGUUUGUAUUUCAGAUUAGGCUGGCUGAGAAAUUUGUUUGAAAAAUGUGUAUGAGGAGAGAGUAAGGUUGUAUACUGCUGUGUUGUUUGCCUUCAGAAUGUGUUUUAUAAGCUACUCUUCAGAUGUCUAUAUGCACGUGUUGGAUUUGUAAGUUAAAAACUACAGAUUUUUAUAGUGGUUAUAAGUUUACUAAAUUUUGUAUUUAUGAAUAAAUGCUUACAUGCUAAAAAGAUAGUUUCAAAAUGUGACAAUCAGCUUUGUUUUUUUUUUUUCCUGGUAUACCACUUGUUCCACCUCUCUCUUUUUCUUUUUUUUUUUUUUUUUUUUUUCUUCUUUCCCCUCAAUUCUUAUGUUUCAUUGGGAUAGCAUGGACUUGCACUGCCAGGUGUUCACAGUAGCAUGUCCCAAGUAAGAAAGUCAUCAUUGAGUAAGGCUUAAUCCCAUUGCACUGUAAAACCAUGAAAAUGUACUGAACUAAUGCCUUUAACUAGAAAAAACACUGAAUUACUGUUCAGUAAUUCACAGUGCACUGGUAUAGAUUUUCUUCAUUUACUAAGGUAAAUGUUUUUGAUAUUUUUCUAUUUUUUAAAAUAAUAGUGAAUUACUGGCACUUUUAAAAAUCUUUACAGUUAGCAUGUAGGAACACUUCAAUAUUUUUGUUGUUGGCUUCAACACUUUAUUUGCAAGCAUUCGAUAUAUAGCUUUUUUCAUGUUACAUAGGUGAUUUACAUGUGGUUUGUGGUAUCUUUCAGUUUGACUGGGACUAUCCAAGCAUACACUUUUUUUUUCUCUUCAAAGCUUAGCUUUCUUUUAAAAAAGAAUACUAGACAGUACAUUUACCUUGUUUUUAUGAGUUUAGCCCUGUUAUGCCUCCAUUAAUAAAUACCAGCACUAGUUUGUAGCAAUUACCUCUGGUGCUACUGGGGAAGAACUAUUAACAUCAGAAGCACUGAAACUAUUUAUUAGUGCUUGCUGAAAUCUGCUGCUUCCUGCUCAUUGCAUCUUUUUUGCACGUGAUGUGAAGCAGUUGUAAGUGGCAUACACUUCAGAACUUUUGACAUUACAUUUCAUAAGAAUAGAAUCUUCAGAGGAAUCUUUCAUUGAUGUGCCAAUUCCUAGAAUAAAUUAAACUAUUUUUACAGAAUUAGAUGAUUUGUCUUCCAAAGAGUAUUCUUCAGCACAAGGAGGUAGGUUAAUUUUUGUGCAGGGAUGCCAAGGAGAACGUGGAGGGAGAUCUGAUUUGAAAAGACAAGGUUCUGGUUCCAGGUUCAUAUCUAAAUUUAGAAGAACUGUCACCAGUGCUGUGCUCAGAGAAAACAAAAAGAAAAAAGUACCCAAGAAAUCUCUUGUGCCUGCCUAGUCACAUUUCCAGGGUAGUGACCAAAAGCAUUGAGCUCCUCAGUUUGGAAUCCAACUUUAUAGCAAAUAAAACCUUGAAAGCUAAAAUAAGUAUUUUCUUCAACACAGAACAAUUAAAAAAAAAAAAAAGAACACCCAACUCUUUGUACAAAAAAAAUAGCAGUUAUGUUCCUGACAUUUUACACUGAAAUGUCCAGUUAUAUAUGCUUGGAGUAUUCAUCUGCAGGCUCUCUCAGUUUUUUGUAACUUGGUGUCAUGGGUGUAUGGAUGAACUUGAAGCUGCUAACUGACUAACUAGUUAAUAAUCAACUAGUUAUUCAGCAACAGCAGCAAAAGUUGUAUGUCCACAGUUUUUAAAACUUCUGGGUGUUUUUUUUAAAAGGUGCAAUUGUGUAUACUAGAUCAUAAGAAACAUACGGCAUUGGAUUGUGGUAUGGAACUAUGUUGCGCAACUGUGAAAUGCUGGCUGAUAAAUGGCUGCUUUUAGCCCAAAUAAAUGUGAAGAUAGACUAAUUCUUUAACAAGUUUACAAUUUGAAAGAAAAUAUAUGGUUUUGUAUUCCUUUUGGACUUAAAGACUACAGUAUUAAAAAAAAAAAAGUUGUUUUUCUUGACUGAACACCUUAAGAGAAAUACA